CGCCUCUCCAUCCCGCUCACGGAGGAUGUUGGACCUCCCCACCUUCUUCCAACUCAUGCCUCAACCUUUCCAGGGCAACAAGUCCUUCAUAGCCUUCUCCAACCUCGGCGACACCGACUCUCUGACCAAGACAUGGAAGGUCUGCACCAAGGUCGCCGGCUACCUCGAGCAGGGUCAACGGCUUGAGAACCUCAGCUGGCGCCUCUGGCAUCUCCAGAACCUCAUCGUCGACACCGACAAUGCCAAGUCCAAGCGCGAGUUUAAGAAGCUCUCGAAACACAUGAGCGACAAGCUCGACAAGGAGAAAGGCAGGAGCAUCGAAGAGCUCGAGGCUCCCGGCUUCAAACGCAACCACUCUACCGACAUCAUCUGCCAGCGCGCCGCCGAGAAGGAGCGCACCCGGGAAGCGAACCAAUACACCCGCCCCGGCACCAUCAAACGGAUGCAAUUUACUUUCUCCCUCGACCAGCCCACUCCCAUCUCCUCCAACCCCGCCCCAGUCAAGAAACCCGACCUUAAGCCGUCCGCAGAGUUCAAGGACAAUUACGCCCGUCGUGGCCGUCCCUCCGCACGGACAUCUGCGGCCGAGGUCGACUCCGCCCCUACUCUGCCAGACGCCAACGACAAGGACCCUCCUCUCACCCAGCGGGGUCGCAAGCCCUCCGCCACCGCCGACGGUGGCCAGCCCGAUACCGACGACUAUAACGCCUCUCUCCGCUUCCCGUCUUUAUUUAAUAACGAUUUUGGCCCUUCUGCUCUCUUGUAUCCAUCUCCCUCUGUAACGAACGGUAUGACUUAUGGCGAAGGCGUGCGCGGCAAUUCCGGUUCCGAUUUCUCCAUUCUCCGACCCACAAUUGAACUCCCCCUUGACGAAAUCCUCGAGUCUUCGGAUAGCCCCGAUCCUUGGGGUGGCGUAUUUUCUACGGGCGGCAACGACUCUCAGCAACACGAUUACAUGGACAUCUCCCAGCACCCCUCCGACUCCGCUGAUAUCGACAUGCGCCACGACCCAUACUCCACCGGCAAUGACUCACAGUACUCUUCUAACAACACUUACUCGAUCAACGGCCAGACUCUCCAGUACCCGCAGGCGGGUUUUCAGCAGUCGCACCAGCAGGAGGCCCUCCCCCAGACCGUCGCUCCUUCGAAGCUUGGGACGCACAGUACCAGUACCAGCAACGCGCCUACGCCGACCAACAACGGCAGCAGCAGCAGCAACAACGGUACCGGCAACAGCAGCAACAACUCCCGACCAUCACUGAGCGUGCGCACCCAGGGGGCGACGACGCGGUCUUCUGGACCUGGUGCGACAGCAACCAACCCGGCUACGCAGGUGCCAACCAACCAUUCGGCACCUGGGGGAGUUAAGGCAGAGUGUUCGAACUGUGGCGCGACACACACCCCGCUCUGGAGGAGGGGGCUUAACGACGAGCUCAAUUGCAAUGCUUGCGGGCUGUACUGUAAGCUCCAUAAGCGCCCGCGCCCGAAGACCAUGCGCAACAACCACGGCGAGCGCUCCCAAGCAGCUCCUCGCCCAGAGUCCAACGAAGUUAUGGCGAAGUGCUAUAACUGCAACACUACCGCUACGCCCUUGUGGAGGAAGGAUGACGAGGGCAAGACUGUCUGCAACGCCUGCGGUUUAUACUUUAAGCUGCACGGUUCCCCCCGGCCCAUCUCCAUGAAAUCCGACGUCAUUCGCAAACGUUCCCGGCACGAAGCCCGCCGCGCCUCCAUCAGCGGUGGCAAUCCCCCCGAUACGCCCUCCGCCUCCCCGGGCGCGUCCCGUCGCACUUCUCCCACCUCGGGUCACGACGGAACGAACAACUCCAACUCGCUCUCGCCGAUCCUCGCCCCCGAUUCGACCACGCAGAUGAACGUCGGGCCCUUCGGGGGUGAUAUGGGAGACGCCUACGGGGAUACGUACGCCGACUACGUGGAUUAUUCGAGGCACGGUGCGCAUCAUAACCAGGGACGCUCGAGCGAGCUCGUUGGUGCGCUGGGUGGCGGACAGGGUGACAGUGGUGCGAUCUAUGGGCCCGCUGGGUCGGACGGAGGGUUCCAGCACGCUCUGAACCUUUCGCUCGGCGGGAGUGGAGGACCUGGCUCUGCUGGUUUCCCGGGCCCCUACCAUCCCGACUAUAUCUCGCAGAUGCUCAGCUUCGGGGACACGUACAACGGGAACGGCGGCGAGAACUCGGACGUCGAUUCGGAUGGGCUCAUGCGCAGGAGCCACAAGCGUCGUCGCAUGAGUAACGACUCCGCGACCGACCCUCCUUCCUCCGCCGUCUCGUACUCGUCUUUCAGCGACUCCUUCUCGUCUUCCGCUUCCACGUCCGCGACGUCCCAGUCCCAGCGCAACUCGAUGGAAUUCCCCUUCUCGUCUUACUCUUCCUAUUCCUCGCAGUCCUCGCACCACCAUAACGGCGGGCACAACAACGGACACAACGGCCAUGUCAUCCGCAACAACAACGCGUUCUGGCACCCGCCUAUGCUUCCCCAGGAGAUGACGAGCUCGCCGCCGACGAUGCAUUACGAUAUCCAUUCCAACUCGAUGCAACAGUCCGUUCAUCCGCCCAUGCUCCUCCCCGAUCAGAACCAGCACAUGCACCAGCAGCACAACCAAGGCAUGAUGGGCGGACAUGGUGGACACAGCGGACAUCAUCCGGGCCAGGACAGCCCGAUGGAUUUCUUGCACCCGCCGAUGUUGCCGCCCGACGACGAGAACACGUUGUUCGCGACGUACUUGCAUCCGCCGAUGUCCCUGCCUGAUGAGGGAGGACGUGAGCAGCAGCAGGGAGGGAACGGACAGGGCCCGCACCCGCCGAUGUAUCCGAGCGAUUGGGGGUACGGAAGUAGCGAGAGCGUGGGGUAUUAGAGGAUGAGGAUGACGACGACGAGUCGUGACGAGCUGCGCUCGUACACUCAUACCCAGUAGAGUCGGUCGACGGCGUAGAGACGUAGAAUGGCGGGAGAGGGGAGGUGAUUCUGAUCGUUCGGUAUGGACAUAUCGCUGCUACGUUGCUUUCGAGUGCGCUGUCGUUCGCUGUGGACAUUUUGUUGCACGCAUAUCAUCUCCCGUCUCCCCCUCCCCUGUUUUCUCUCUCUCGUCUCCGUUCUCCUGGGCAUACCUUUCUCUAUCCAUUCCAUCUCAGCAUAUCGAGGAGUUUUACAGAAGUAGAGGUUCUUCUUUUUCGUCGUCGUCGUCGCUUCAUCUUUUUUUUUGUUUCUUGAUAGUCAUGGACUUCCAUACAUCUUCAUCUUCAUCCGUCACUGCAUGGGCUUCGUUUUUUUUUGUUUACUCAUUGUGCAUAGCAUCUUUUUUUCGCUUCAUCAUUGUCUCACUUCUUUUUGCUCCCUUUUCUUUCUUGUUUUGAUUCUCGUUAUUCUUUCCUUUAUCCCCUCCCCUCCCUUCCGUCUGUAUAAUCCCGACCCGAUCCGAUCCAAAGUUCUGUUCGACGUGUUCUGUACGAGCGACGAAGUCUUCAACCCAAUCCAACGUACCUACGUACCACCUGCGAAGGGCUUCGCAUUUCAAGCCCCAUCAAAUAUAUAUUCUUUCUAUUCCUUGUCUUAUUUCCCGUUUGCCUUUCUCCUUCUUUAUUUCUUCAACUUUAGUGUCUCUUUUUUGUGCUUUUAUCGUCUCCCCUCAACCGUUCAUCGCGUCGUACCUCAACUGUUCGUCCUCCCGCGUCAUCGCCACAUUCCUCGCCGCCCCCUCCUCCGUCUCCCCGCUAUCCUCGUCACGAACGCCUCACCCACUCAAAACCCCUCCCCUCUCGGCUCCACACUCUAUGCCAUCCUAUGCCGCCCUAUGCCCUCCGUUCAUCCUUCCUUGUUUCUAUGCCCUUCUUUUCUGUUCUCUUUCCUUGUCGUUACCACCCACGCCUCGCUCGUGCUUACUUACUUAUUGUUCCCCCGUUCAGCGCCCCCGAUUUCAAAGAUGUAGCCAUUCUCCGACUCCUUGACUCCUUGUGCCCUGUGUGUUUCGUGCCCCCAGCCUGCUUGAUCUGUUGUUGUUAGUUAGUACGUACAUACUAAACUAUUCGCCCCGCCCCGCUCCGUGUUCCGUGUUCCGUGUUCUGUGUUCCCGUUUCUUGUUGUUCUUGUUCUUGUGAUUCAGACUUGUCGUUCUGUACAUACACCCGUGCAUGUACAUGGCAGAAGUCACCACUUUU